AUGGAAAAGCACGAGAUUAAGGUUAAGGAUUCUAAGACCCUUCUCUUUGGUGAGAAGCCAGUGACUGUCUUUGGUAUGAGGAACCCAGAGGAAAUCCCAUGGGCUGAAGCUGGAGCUGAUUCUGUUGUCGAGUCGACAGGAGUCUUUACUGACAAGGACAAAGCUGCCGCCCACUUGAAGGUCAUCAUUUCUGCCCCAAGUAAAGAUGCUCUUAUGUUUGUUGUUGGUGUCAAUGAGAAGGAAUACAAGUCAGAUGUUGAUAUUGUCUCGAAUGCUAGUUGCACUACCAAUUGUCUUGCUCCAUUGGCAAAGGUUCUUCAUGACAGGUUUGGUAUUGUUGAGGGUCUAAUGACAACUGUCCACUCCAUUACUGCAACACAGAAGACUGUUGAUGGUCCGUCUCAGAAGGACUGGAGAGGUGGAAGAGCCGCAUCAUUCGACAUUAUUCCCAGCAGUACUAGAGCUGCCAAGAUAUUGUGA